AUGUAUGGUGGUGGUGGUGGUGGUUACCGUGAGCUGGAUGAUUUCUCACCAGUACCCACACUUCACCAUCCACAGGCCUACCGAGAUACGGUGGCACCGUUGCUCAUCAAACGUUUGAGCAUUAGCCAGUCUCCUUCGUUACAACCGGUUCCCAGUGCCGUCUCUCGCGAAACCGUGUCGAGCCUCUCCCUCAGGUCUGCAGCUCUUCAAACCAGCACGCUGCGAAUGGGUAACAAGACCGCCCCGAGCUUUCUCGAAUUCUCUCGAAAUCUUCAAGAUCGCCGGAACGAGCUAAUCUCGCCGCUGUCGGGCACGUCAUCUGACCAUCACCGGCAGGCCGCGUACGACCAAUUGUUUCCACCUUCACCUCAAGUUUCUUCUGUCGAACAAUCUAUUUCUGUCUCGCAAACUCCGCCGCUUCCUGAUGCCAUGUCCGGGACCAUAUCAGACAUCGAUGACUCCGACCUUCUCCCGCCUCCACUGAGGUUGAGCAGUUCCAGUCCACCCAGCCCAAUCAUGGAUGACUGGGAAAGCUAUCCUAGUGUGUAUCAUCCUGCGAGCCUUGAUGAUCAGGGUGGUGAGCAGGUCCAUCACCCUGCUGUUGACGGAAGCUCGUCCGAGGAUUGGCUGGAUGACGGCGUUGUCAACCAAAGUUUGGUGUCAGACUCGGGUAAACCUGACGCAGCAAGCAGCACCAGAAGCCACAUUAUAUUGUCCGAAAAUGAGCAGGAGCGCAUCAUUUCCUACGCAGAAGCAAAAUACCCAGGCAUGAACAAAAGUUCGCGAGACAGGAUAAAGCCGCGUAACAGCAGCGCCAGAGCCAGCCUGCAACAGGGUGUUAGCAACUUGCUAAGGACUCUCUCCUUGUCCAACCGUGGCGAUGAAGAGCCGCCUCGUGAAAGGCAACUAGCUGUUCCAGCAACUCCGUAUCAGGUCUAUGGUGCAGAAAUUUGGUCUAACAAGAUGAAAAAGAAGCAGAGGGAGGGACAGCGCGACCACGAGAGGGGGAGGUCUUCGGCCUUUCUGUCCGCCUACCAGAGUGGCCAAAGUCAAUUUGUGGGGGUGCUUGAGGGAGCAAAGCGGAAACUGUCCAGGAAUACAUCACAAAAGCGGCGAAGGAAGCUGAAGCAGAGUAUUAUCUUGGUGAAGACAGAUAGCAUGGAUGCAAUGGAGCGCUUCGCACAAGACAGCGACAGUCCGUGGAUCUGA